CGCUCUGUGAGCUAAACAGCAGGAUGUCUGCUAUGCAAAACAGCACUGGACAAGUGUCUGCAGCGAGACAAGCCCUGAAAGACAGCUACAAAAGCCUGCAGAAUGUUGCAGAAUACUGUGAGAAGAAUUAUAUGGAGGCCUCUGACAGGAGCCAAGCCCUGCAGAAUACCAUGUCUCUCCUCACACAAUCCUUGGCCAGUGUUGCCUAUCAGGUGAGAGCAGCUGCCCAGGAGUUGGUGUCCAUGUUAGAGGAACAAAGUCAAAUCCUGCAACAAGAGGAAAAAAGAGUAAUCUUAAUAACUCAGCUUGUAGAUAUUCAUAAAGAAAAGGUUUCCCGUAGGAAGAUUGGUGCUCUUACUUGCACAAAGAAAAUCCCACAGGCACAGAAGAUCCUGACAGCGGAAGACCAGGCUCUCCAAUCUCAAUAUAUCAGGAGUACUAUAAACUUUGCCAGCCUUGAUGAUGUUGGCCAUGGGAUUAAGGAUUCUGAAUCUCAGCUAUCAAGAACCGGUACCAUGUCUCGAAGGACAAGUAGCAAAAGUCUGUCACAUGUUCAGGGCAGUUUGGGGAGAAACUCUCAUAAGAAAGACCCUGUUCUUCCUCCACUGGUUCCAGAGUGUUUAUCUUCACAGACUUUGGUUGCAGAAUCUCCUAUUUUUCAUUCUCCUGGGGUGUUUUUUGACAUUCCAGCACCACCUGAACCUGUUGAAUUCCCACUACCCCCACCUUUUGCAGAAGGAACUUGUGAUUCUUCUGCUUUGUCUCUGAGUACCAACUACCUUCCUCCUCCACUGGAUACCAGUAAUCUUCUUCCCCCAAUGCAAAUCAAUGAUCCUCAUCCCCCAUUGGAUGCUUAUGACCUUCCUCCUCCUCCUCCUCUUGAUACCAGUGACCUUUUUCCUCCUCUGAAUUAUAACAUAAACCAAAACAGACCAAAAAAUGCAGCAUCUCCAUCCUGGACUUCUCAAGAAUUUGAGGACUAUCUUCCACCUCCACCUCCACUUUUAGACUACAAAAUAAAUGGCCUAUGAGACCGUAGCAGUUUAAUGACAUAAAGAUAAUGACCACAGUUCUUACCUGUCACAUGAAAAUGUAUUUAAUUUAGAUUAUUUUGUUUGAUUAAUUUUCUAUGACAUAGAAAUCUAUUAGAAUUCUUGCCAUUGUAUUUAAUUGAGCUGCCUGAAUUAUGAAUACUAUAGAAAUAUGGUUUUCUUAGACUUCUUUGUACUUUGUUUCAAGCUUUCUUCUUUGUUUUUUGUUUAUUUCUGCGUUUGUGCACACCUACACAAACAAAAUAUAUGUGGUGAAUACAAAGGUUAAA